CGAUAGCGUGCAUGGAUACUGACGGGCCCACUUCUUACGGUACACGAACGCUGUGGGCGUGUUAAAUGGACAAGAUGGCCGCAGUGGCCACACAACAAUCCACCGAUGUUAACGCAGCGUACAAGCCCCGCCGCACAGAGGCCAUGCCCAAGAACUCGCUGUUCGGAACGUCGCUUGAGAUGAGGGAUGGAGAGGUGCAGCAUCAACACCCGGCUGAAGCCGUCACUGCAAACGUCAACGUCCGUCAGGAUAAUGAUAUUCUUCGCCGCAAGCGUGCUGACUUUGAACACCAGAAGGAGGUCGUCCGGAAGAGUCAGAAUGACCUGAAGUCCGCCGAGGACAAGGCCCUGGCGUUUAGCCCUGACCCCAAAACUACAGGUUCCAUGACGUCAGCUUCAUCAUGGAAGGGUCAAACGGACAAGGAGCACAAGUGGUUUACGGAGAAGGACAUUGAACACGCCAAAGACGUUAAUGUGGGUGGUCUCACAGCUACAGGAAGUUACAACAGAGACAAAUAUGGCCGAAAACCUAAAGUGCAUUCUUAUAGCCAAAUGGGGGACAUACUUUAUCCGGGGAUGGAGUUCACGCCCCGGCAAGGCAAUGACGUAAAUCAGAACAGCAAUUUCAGGAAGAGAUCUCAACAAAGGACCAAUAUCACGAACAACCUUGAGAUGCAGACGGCUGGGUCAAGUCAGCCAGCUCCCCGCAGUGUUAUAGCGAUUCCCGCCAACAUCAGACACAAGUACGGCAGUGCGGUAUGCGAUGCCCUGUUUUCAGACGAAGCCACUGUGGCGGCCAGCAUAGCUCGGUACGAACAACUAGAGGCUCCUGUACAAAAUCGGCGUCCUGAACAACCAGGAGUGUUCAAGAAGAAUGACAACCCCGAGUAUGAUCUCCUCAGCAAUGCAACCCGACAGAAUGUCUUUCCUGGUUACAGUUCGGGCCAUAAAAUUAGUACAACGAAAACUGUGUACAAUGAUAGCGUCUUCCCUCAGCGAUACCAGGAUCCAGAGGAAUACCGUUACCAAAGGGAUGAGCUCAGUAAAUGGGCAGAACACAAUGUAUUACGACAGCGUAUGGGGAAACAAUGGGAUGAGUAUCUGGCCAGUUUACCCAAGGCAGUUGUAAACUGGGAUCGGAGUGCCACUCGACCCGUUCCUGUUAAACCGACACAACAAAAACUAAAACCUAAGCCAAAGCCUAAAAAACCGGAACCAGUUGUUGAGAAGCCUGCCACCCCGUUAGAAGUUAUAGAGUUCAAGACCCCUCCAAUUACACCACCCCCGGCGCCAGCGCCUGCGCCAAUGCCAGAAAAGGUUGAAAAGGACGAAGAAUUUUGGAAGUUUUUCGAUCAAUCAAUACCUACGUGAUGUUUUCAUGUUUGAAAACUAUCACUGGUAAAUUUAAUUAUAUUUCGAUUAUUUACGGUUUCACAUUUUAUAUUGACAAGGGUAAUUCUAAUUAUAUUUCCCGUUCACCGUUUCCAUGUGGCAUUUCUUUUCCAGGGGUGUUGAAUAUUGAUAUUGAAUUGAUUGUUUCGAUAUUUUAAACUUUUUGGAAAAAAGCCGGGGUAGCUUAGCCUCAAAUUACCAGCAAUAACCUAAAGAGCAUUAAUAUUUAUUUUGUUUUAUUUUCCACUUUGAAGAAUAGAUAUGUCGAGUGUUUGAACAUCUUGCUUUGUAUUACCUUUUGUUUACAUGUAUGUAUAUCUACGCCAAAACUAUGUACUAGUAUUUAUGCUCCAUGUAGUAUUACGUUUAUCGUGUACGUUUAGAGGGCAGUGUAUAACUGCCGGUAUUGCUGCUGUUUGUACAUCUCAGUUAUACCUAUAUAUGUUGUAUCAUGUAACCAUGCAUUAAGCAGAAUCUGUUUAUACGUUUCACUAUUGUUUUACACUUUGUUGAUGGUGUUUUAAGUCUUCAUCUCCACCGCAACACAUCGUUGUCAGCGUUUCACUUAUUUACAGAUAGGAACGUUUAUAUUUAUUUUGUUUAUGAAGACACGUGUUGUAAUUCGAUGAAACCUUCUUACUGGAAAGAGUUUAAUUCGUGUGUACAUUUUGUGUUCUAUCUUUAAAGACUAACUUACAUAUGCCGGUACGUUUUAAGACCUGUCUUAAUUAAACCGAUUCCGAUUUGUCUUCGAACUUUCACCGUGAGUGAAAUAACACACACUGAUUCAUCCACUUUUGUCUUUAUUGUCGUACCCAUUGUUCAUUGAUAACGUACUUUUUGUCUUACAUCUCGCACCUGUUGAUCAUUGGCGUAAUUCUUAUGAAGUUCCCGUUAUUGAGACAGACAUAUAUGUGAUGCUUGUUUUAUCGCUUCGUCAUACUAAGUGAUAUUAUUGUUCAUUAAAUUAGUAAGGUGAGGUGAGGUGAAAUUGGGUUUAACGUCGCGCUGGAGAAUAUUUCGCUCAUAUGACGACGUGCAUGCGUGUGUAUGUGUAUGUGCGGC